CACACCGGAGAAAAGCCAUUCGAGUGCUCCAAGUGCGGUAAAUGCUACUUCAGGAAAGAGAACCUGCUCGAGCACGAAGCCAGGAAUUGCAUGAACCGAUCUGAGCAGGUUUUCACGUGCUCCGUCUGCCAGGAGGUGUUCAAGCGGCGCAUGGAGCUGCGGCUGCACAUGGUGUCGCACACGGGGGAAAUGCCGUACAAGAGCCCGUCACUGCCGGAGGGGGCUGCGCGGGGACACGGGGGAACCCACCUUGCCCCCGUGCUGGGGCUGCAGUCACAAGGACGCGGCUUUUCCUUCCGACACCGGCGCUCGCCUGGCCGCCCCGAGCGAGUCGCGACAGCCCCUCUGCCCCGGGCCCCACCCGUUCUCCCGCUCGGCAGGAACGAGCGGCCCUACGUGUGCGAGUUCUGCCAUCACGCCUUCACGCAGAAAGCCAACCUCAACAUGCACCUGCGCACGCACACGGGCGAGAAGCCCUUCCAGUGCCACCUCUGCGGCAAGACCUUCAGGACACAAGCGAGCCUGGACAAGCACAACCGGACGCACACCGGGGAGCGCCCGUUCAGCUGCGAGUUCUGCGAGCAGAGGUUCACGGAGAAGGGGCCCCUGCUGAGGCACAUCGCGAGCAGACACCAGGAGGGGAGGCCCCACUUCUGCCAGAUCUGCGCCAAGACCUUCAAAGCUGUUGAGCAGCUGCGCGUGCACGUUCGCAGACACAAGGGAGUGCGCAAGUUCGAGUGCACCGAGUGCGGCUACAAGUUCACGCGGCAGGCCCACCUGAGGCGCCACAUGGAGAUCCACGACCGCGUGGAGAACUACAACCCCCGGCAGCGCAAGCUGCGGAACCUGGUCAUCGAGGACGAGAAGGCCGUGGUGGUGGCGCUGCAGCCGCCCCCCGAGCUGCCCGUGGGCUCGGCCCCGCUCCGCGGGGAGCCCCUGGCCCCCGAGGGGCCCGUGCAGAGACUCUGCCCCCAUGAGAGGUGUAAUGCCAGCUUCAGUGAGCCCUACUGCAACUUUGACCCUUUUCUAGUUCCAGAGACAGUCCACAAGUAA